GUGAGCUGCUCCCUAUCCUUAACUUCACGCAGGGCUUCUACGGCCAAUACCCAUCGCCCGGCUCGUCUUCUCGGAAGAAGACUUGCAUUUGGGCACCUAGAGGCCGUGAGAAGCCUGAAGCAACUGCUCACAGCCGCCAUGCGAACCUGACAUACGGCAGGGCAACCUCGUGGGAUGAGCCUGCCUGUUUCCGUCAAUAGAGUCAGAAGCAUCAUCGGCAACGCCAACGACGUCGGGGUCCUGGCUUGAUGAUUAGUUCUCAUAGUCCCGCCCUAGACAAUUGGAUUCACCUUCGGUUGCAGACAGAUGCGACCCAACUCAGAUGCUAUGGCAUAAAGAAGGAAGAUACGCACCGCCUCAAUGGGCUCCUGGGCUGCGGACAUGUUGGGUAGCGUAUCGGCUUUCUGAUGAAGUAUGGAUGAAGUACGAAUUAAACGGAAGGGUUACCGAUCGAUCUGCCUUUCAUAUGAUGGGUGUUGAGGUGAAAGGGGCGGGAACGGGGCGAAACAAAAAACGCAUCUGUGACAAGGGAGAAAAAAGAGGCGGGGCGCAAACAGGAGGGGUACGUAGUCUCGGAGGGAUGACAAGCUCAUCCGGCAAAUUAGCCACCCUCCAUCCCUAUCGCGAGACCAGACAGGUGUCAGACGCUGAUGCAGGACUACGGCGCCAUCUACCCCGCCGUCAGACUGGCAGUGAUGGCCACCUUUACCCGCUGGAGGGGGAGCGGGGCCGUGACAGCAGCUUCAUUGAUGACAAUAGCCAUUCUGGAAACUGCAGUCAAAAUCUGCAACGCCCCCGGUGCCAUUUCGUUGCUCAGAGGCGAAGACAACAUGAAGUUCCAGAGCAAGACUCUUUGCGGAGAAGUCCCGUCUGCCGUCAUGGCGAUUCCGUAAAGCCAUCAAAGAGAGCUGCUGCUUAGCUUUCCCAGUCCAUCUCGUCCUCCUCACCUAACGUCUCACCCUCCGAAGACCAUACGUCACACCUCGAAUCCACCGGUUCAUAGCUUACGGAUGAACU